CGCGAAAACUGAAAAGUUGUUUUCGACAAUAAUUUUAUGAGAAAAUUUGUGUAUUUUGUGCAAUUCUGUAAAAUUUCUUAACUCCGGUGUUUAGAAAUUGUCAUCCAGUACUAAUUUCUACCGGCGCGUGUUAAAAUCCGGCUCGAUUGUGUGCGGUUUCCGGUGUAUCCGCUUCGGUUUCUCUACUUCGGGGGUGUUUGUUUACGGUUUUUCGGUUUCGGUUCACGUUCGCGUUUGUGUUCUCGUUUAUCUCGGUGGUCGUUCGUACGGAGGUAUUUGGGUGAAACUCGAAGGAUGCCACCACGUAAAAAGUCCACAAGCAGCACGGAAUCCAGCACCGCCAGCUCAUCGGAUUCGAGUUCCAGUGAUAGUAGCUCGAGUGGAAGCGAUUCCGGAAGCUCCAGCAGCGAGAGUGAUUCUUCCAGCUCGCAGGAGGCGACCACUACUCGCAUGAGCCAGAACAACACGGGUGCCAAUGCUCCGAAAACUAACGAGAAAGUCGUUCGUCGUAGAAGUUCGGAAACGGGAGCAUUGGCUGCCAAGCAAACUGCUGGUGCAGUAGCAGCAGCAGCAGCAGCAGCAGCAGGGAAAGACACUGAUAAAACUGGUUCGCAAAAGCAGGCCAAUCCGAAGCAACAAAAGCUUUCCAAGAGUUCGGUUUCUUCGAGUGAUGAUGAUUUUGCGGCGGAGACUAAACCAGCUGCACCACCGAUCGUUCAGAAGAAGGUUCAACAGGCAGAGGCAGCCAAAAAGAAAGCUCAGGAAAAGCAAGCUGCAGGUCAGGGAAAUACUCCACUUCCGGUUGUUCCUCCAAUAACAGGCGGCAAGGUACCGCCAUCGGUCAUUAAACAACAGCAACAGGCGCAGCAUGCUCAACACCAGCAAAGCAAGACGGCACCGAUCACGAAGGCAGCGGCUAAAGCAAGUGUCGUCACGAAGGAAGCUUCCAAAGCCAAUGUUCCCGUUGCCAAAAAGGGUCCAAGCCCGGCUCUGUCCGCUCCGGCUACGAAGGCCAAAAAGAAGAGUAUAUUUUCGCCAGUAAAUUCUUCGGAGUCGGAUGAAGAUAAGGAAAAGCCUGAGCAGAAGACACGUCGGACGUCUAGUUCCAGUUCGGUAGGGGCCGCUGGAACUGGGUCUGUUGGAGGUCAAGCGACCCAGCCUAGUAAGGAACAGACUGCCUCUGGAGCACAGCCGGCUGGGGGAACCACAGCUCAACAGCAACGAGGUCGUGGUCGUCCUCGAAAGACUCCAGCCGCUGCUACUACCGGACCUGUGACAAAACCAGUCGCUCAGGUCAAACCUCAAGUAACGGCGGCGCCAGCAAAAACUCCUGCCUCAACUACUCAAAAGCAACCGGCACAGCAACAGCAGCCACAGCAAAAGUUAGAAGAUGAUAUCUCUUCGGCCACCACAUCCUCCACAGAUUCAUCCUCAUCCGGAUCGUCGGAUUCGGAUUCCGACUCAUCGGAGGAUUCCACUCCAUCGACCUCGGCUGCUCAGCAACUGAAGAAAAGCAACAGCGGUGUGAAGCGUCCGUUAGAGCGUACUCCGCAAAAAUCUGAGGUCAAAGAAGGAGCUACUGAUUCCGAGGGUGAAAAGGGUGACCCGAGUAAGCAAACUCGUAAGCUGACAAGAUCUUCGAGUACCAGAAAAUCCAAACACCUCAUUGGUAAGAAUGCCUCGGAGACGGAAUCGGACGCAGACAGCGUCAAGCGUUCCGCAUCAAAGAGUCCCGUCAAGAAGGCACCAACUGCUCCGGCCAAAGCCAAAGGUAAGGCCAAAAAUAGCAGCAAGAAAAAGGACGCUGUCGUCAAAGAGCUUUUAAUUGAGGAACCGGAACCGGAACCGGUCGAAAAUCGUUGUCCUCUGCUACAUUGCGAGUCAACUGGUCAUUUGGGAGGUCAAUUCGAACGUCACUUUACUCUGGAAGGCUGCCCCAUGUUCCACAAUAUGACAGCACAGCACACUAAAGAAUUCCUCCAGGAACGGAAGCGCCGUGAAGAGGAACGAAAGAAAGCCGUUCCGGUUUAUGAGAAUUCCAAAAAGAUUCAAACGCCGGAACAGAAAAUCUACAUGCAGAAGAUCCGCGACAUGCGAGCCAAAUUUAAGCCGAAUCCACCUCCGGUGGAAAAGCCACGACCAAUGGCAGAGCGACUGGAGAACGAGAUCGACCUGGAACCGCGGCUGGAUGGAAUCGUCCCGGAUUACGAUAUGCAGCUGUUCCGGGAAGCCCAGGCCACGGCUAGUGAGGGGUUCGAAAACGAAGUGAAGGACAUGGUCACCGGCAAGGGAACGCGGUACAUUUCGAUGGGCCGCAAUUGCAUGCAAGUGUGGUACCAGAGUCCCUAUCCGGAUGAUGUGGCUCGGCUGCCGAAGCUGUAUCUGUGUGAGUUUUGUUUGCGGUAUCAGAAGUCGGAAGUGGGCAUGAAGCGGCAUGCGGCCAAGUGCGUCUGGAGACAUCCACCGGGUGACGAGAUUUACCGCAAGGGUAAGCUCGGCGUCUGGCAGGUGGAUGGAAAGCGGCACAAGCAGUACUGCCAGCAUUUGUGUCUGUUGGCGAAGUUUUUCCUGGAUCACAAAACGCUGUACUACGACGUGGAACCGUUUCUGUUCUACGUGAUGACCCUGGCCGACAGCGAUGGAUGUCACACGGUGGGGUACUUUAGCAAGGAGAAAAACUCCUUCCUGAAUUACAACGUAUCCUGCAUACUGACGCUACCCCCCUAUCAGCGCAAGGGUUACGGCCGACUGCUAAUAGAUUUCAGCUACAUGCUGACACGUGUUGAGGGAAAGAUUGGAUCUCCGGAAAAACCAUUGUCCGAUCUUGGGCUGAUCUCGUAUCGAUCGUACUGGAAGGAUGUGCUGCUGGCGUACCUCUGUUCGCGACCCGGGACAACGCUCAGCAUCAAGGACAUAUCGCAGGAAAUGGCCAUCAAUUCGUACGAUAUCGUCAGCACACUUCAGGCCCUCGGAAUGAUGAAGUACUGGAAGGGUAAACACAUCAUACUGAAGAAGCAGGACGUCCUCGAGGAGUACGAGGAACGAGUCAAACGGCGAGGCAACAUGCCCAAGAUCGAUCGCAGCUGCCUCAAGUGGACACCGUUCGUUGCACCGACUCCAUCGACGCCGACCUCCUAGCGCCAGUCGUACCAUCAUCAUCAUCAUCACCAUCAUCACCACCACCAUCCUUAUCAUCAUCAUUACCAGCAGCAACAGCAGCAGCAUCAGCAGCAGCAACAGCAGCAGCAGCAUCAGUAUAACAAUCAUUACCAUCCCUACAACAACCAUCAACAUAAUAAUAUUAACAACAACAACAAUAGUUACGGGGCCAACUAUAACUAUAUGGCGAGCGUUUUACAGUGAUGCGGAAAUAGUUAAGCCUGGCGCCUACCUUUGAUGUUUUGACGUGUGUUUCGAUGAAAGAUGUGUGUUGAAUGGAAGAUGAAUUUUCUAUCUGAUAUUUAGUACUGACAUAUAUAUGGUUUAAGCGUGAGUAAAUGAAAAAAAUAGGCAUAAGUUACACGGAUAUAGUAUUAGUGCAUUUAUAAAUAGAUUGUACAAAUUUAGUAGGAGUUUUAGGCAUAUUUUGUUGUCUUAUGAAUGUAAAAAAAUCGUCUUCUGUUUAUGAUCUUGUUACCAUUUUUUUUCGUUUAAAUUUUGUUUAAUGUAUAUUUUAAUUUAGCACAACCGAUUUAACGGUUGGAAGGUUGUUUUUUUUUUUUCAAUUUAAUUAACUUGAAUUGUAUUAUAUUUUAACGUGGAUAACAUCAACACUCAUGGAUGGAUAUCUUGUAAAAUUAAGACAUUGGAUAUGUAUCAUAUAGGAAAUUGAACGAGCAACAGUAGUUAUCAGUUUUUAAUCUAUCAGUAACUAAUUUAAUUGACGAUAGCAUAUAAACCCACAGAGUACUCCCACACGAGAAAUGUAAGAUUCUCUUCAAGUAUUGUAUAAAAGAUAUGUGGAAAAUGUAAUACAUCAUUGCAUUUGAAGAUUCUUUAAACCGGACGUCGAAAGACAUAUCGAAAAAAAAAAAAAAUUAUAUGAUUAAUGUUAGCAAAUGAUAUGACUUCAGCUGAUGAUUAAUGUUAGCAUAUGAUAUGACCAACGCAGAAAUUCGUUUUAUGAAGGUUUUGUUCGGAUAACUUGAUCCUAUACAUAUUUAUUUCUCUCAACAGACAUGCUAGUGAUCAGUAGAUCCCAUUUGUGAUCUUAACUCUAACAAUUAUUCGAUUGAAAGUACGUUGCAAUGGGGGGUUUCAUCCGGUAAUUUUGCCGUAUUUUAAUUUCAAAAUAAUUUCUAAAAAACCCAAAUGUGGUUAAAAGUGAGUAGGAGUGAUAAAUAAAGUAAGCUAUGUCAAUUGGGUCUGCUUUGCUUCAAAUUUUGGAACUCACGAACCGAUUACCGAAAUUAUCUGAUAGAUUUGAUUUCAAUAUAAAAAUACGAACAGCCCCUAGUUGCAAUCCGAUGAUGCCAACUCUUAUGAGGAGAAUCCUAGAGGAGAACUAUUUCCAUUACUCAGAAAAGUACCUGAUUCUGGAUGAAGAAAAAGAUGAAUAGGCUUAUCCGUCAGUUAGAGUAGAUUAGUGACAAGGGAUUUUGUGGCCACUAGACGGAUCUUCAAGGUGUCCAUGCGAAUCAAAUGACCAGUGACAGGCCAAAUAGGAUAACAAAAUAACAAUUUAAGUCCCUACCUUCUCCGAUUUGCAUGAAAAUUAGCAAAAUUAUGUGUUAUGGAAUGAUUUUUUGCAAAAA